AUGUAUGAUAGAAAGCAACUUAAGAAUAGAUUUGACAUUUUGAGAAAGGAUUGGAAGUUGUGGGAAAAACUUAUGUUUGGGGAGAUUGGCAUUGGUUAUGAUGCAGCGACAAAUAGGCCUGACACAGAAGAGGAGGAGGAUGUUUAUAGAGUCAGGUUCGACCAACAGGAAGGGUCGGGGGACAAUGGGGAUGAAAAUUUCGGUGUUGACCCAACAGCCAGCGCAGGGGUCACAUAUGACUUUACCGGUUGCAACUUAAACAACCCCUCGAGUACUAGACCAAGUAGCUCAAGAAGCUAUGGAAAGAGGAAGAGGGGUGAGACAUUUGAUGCGAAGAAGAAGAAAAAAGUUGUUGCGUCUACUAAAAUUUCUAAUAGCCUUAGUGUUAUAGCAGCUGCUUCUAAUAAGCGAGUAGCAGCAUUGGUUGAAGAUCCCCAACUAGUUGACAAGGUUUUGGCACACCUGGCUAGCCUUAAAGAGCUUAAUGAUGACUCUCAACUAUAUUAUGCAUGUGCUCAGAUGCUUGCACGGUUGAAGUGGGCUAGGCGAGCCUAUUUGGGGUUUAUGCAUGAUCGACGCAAGUUGUUGGGGUGGUUGAUACCGGCAGCACAAGACCCAUACACAUGGAAGGGACCUGCAUAA